GUGAGUGUCAUUUCCGCUUCCGACUCUUUAAGAGAAAGGGGUAAGGGAGGAGAGAAGGAGGAUCGGCGGCUGCUGUUGUCCUUGUCGGGCUCCCUCGACGUGCCCCAGGAAAAUGUCGGCUGCUGACGACUUUUCGCUGGCGGAUGCUCUACCCGAUAGCUCCCCUGCCAAGAACGCCACAGUGGGCAACACAAAACCUGCUCAGCAGCCUGGCCAGCCCCCACAAGCCUGGCCAGCUCCCAAUCCCUGGAGCAACCCGCCGAGUGCUCCCCCUGCAGCGAUGUCCGGAUUACCUCCAAGCACAUCCACCUCCAACGUACCUUUUGGACCGCCACCCACAGGGAUGUAUCCUUCUCUCCCUCCUGGAGCACCUGCUCCUUUUCCUCCGCCUGGAUCUGCUUCUCUACCUCCCGGUGCUCCGUACCCACCCCCAGGCCCUGCCCCGCCAGGGCAAUACCCACUGCCAAACAUGCCCUUUCCAGAGCUUCCAAGGCCCUAUGGGGGCCCAGCAGAGCCAGCGGCACCCCCUGCUGCUGUUGGACCGUGGGGAUCCAUGUCCGCUGGAGGAGGGUGGGGCCCCGCGGUGGGGGGUCAGUAUCCUGCACCUAGCGUGCCAUAUCCACCCCCGGGGCCAUAUUCUACUCCGACCCAGACUCCGGGGGCUGCUCCUACGGUGCCAUGGGGUGCUGUGCCCCCAGGACCAUGGGGACCUUCGCCACCAGCCCCAUUUCCCCCACCCACAGGGUCCUAUCCAGCUCCAGGACUGUACCCAACACCGCCUAACCCUUACCAAGUGCCACCUGCUCCAGCUGGGGCUCCAUCCAUGCCCGGUGGCCUUCAUCCUUACCGUUGAACGUGUGCCGGGCUGAUGAAGGACGGUCUCCUCACCCGCACCUGCUAUUUACAAAAGAAGUUGAACACUUGUUUUCUGUGACCUUUUGGAGUCUUGAAGAGCUUGCUCACUUUCUGCCUGCUCAUCUGAGGCAGGAAGGAGGACUCUGUUCAAAUGCUGAAGUAACCUUUUUUGUUUGUCGGUGAAUUAGGAUAACACAAGCCUUCUCCCCCAGCUCUUUAAUCCUUACUUUGGACUUAAGGAUGCCAUCUUGGGGAAAAAAAUGGCUGUUUCCCCAGUAAGUAAGGACUGCUCCGGAAUAGUCUAGGGAUUUGUUGGAAACCUGGACCAUGACCGGUGCUGGACUUGCAGGAUUGACCAGACAGACCACACCCUGUUUCUGUGUGUUCAGGUUAUUCAAGUCAUUUCAAUAAACUCAAAAUGUA